AUGGACCCCAACCAAGAAUCGUCCCUCUUCCUGGUGAAGAUUUUGGAGGAGCUGGAAACCAAGCAAAACACAAUUUCCUAUCAAGAUCUGUGCAAGUCACUAUGCGCUCGCUUUGACCUGUCUCAACUUGCCAAACUGAGAAGCGUGCUCUUUUACACGGCCUGUCUUGAUCCAAAUUUUCCAGCCACUUUAUUCAAAGACAAGAUGCGAUGCAACGUGAACAAUCGGCAAUCCAAGAAAAUCAUGGUGGCGGCCGAUAUCGUCACGAUCUUCAACCUGAUUCAGAUGAAUGGGGGUCCGGCCAAGGAAAAGUUACCAGCGGCCCAUCAGAAAGUCAGGAAGAAAGAGUUGUUCGAGUCAUGCCGGUCUGAUACAGAGCUAUGCAACGUGAUGGACUGUGGACCUGCCGGUUGUGAACUGAGAGAUGGAGAAUUCAACCGGGGUUUCUCGUCUAGGAGAUCUUCCAAAUGCCGGAAGUUGGACUUCGAGGAGUGCCAGCAACAGAGACAGGACCCAGAAGCCAACUUUCCUCUGAGGGGGAAUAAGGAGGUGAAGCGUCGGACGGGUUCUCUAGACAGACUGCAGGCCUUGGUCUCCUAUUCCAUCUCCACCUCUCAGCCGUGUGAGAUGCAGAGAACUUAUUUCCCCAUGACCAUUGAGAACGAGUCCAUCUCAGAGCAAGACUCCUUGUCCGUCAACCCGGAGCCCAGAGGGAGCUUUGUGGACCACGAGGAGCCCUUUGCGGCACCAUCGUGUAUCCAGAAAAGAAAUAUAUUCAAAGAAGAUUUUCACAACCUCAUAUCCAUCUCACCCAGUUUAAUAUCUCCUGGGCGAAAAGUUGAGGAUGGAGGCAGGGAACCACGGUCCAAGAAGGAAUCCCAGAAGCCUCUCUCCUUCAAUCACAGCUUUGAGCUGCCCUACAGCUCCCGGUAUCUGAAUGCCGUUUAUUCCCCUAUCCCUGACAAAAGGCGGGCAAAGCACGAAAGUUUAGAUGACCUCCAAGCCUCCACUUACUUUGGUCCCACCACACUGCUGGGGAAUCAGGAAACCAAGCCGUGGCCAGGGAAGGUGAGCAAACAGACUGCCUGGCCUGUGAAAAGCUGGAGUUUAAACACUGAGGAGGUCCCUGACUUUGAGAGGUCUUUUUUCAGUGGGAAACCCAUCAAAGAGAAGCUGCUGUAUGCUAGCCCUAGUGGCCAGCCAUCCAAUUUUGCAGCCUCAAACAGACACCAGCCCUACCUAAACCCGAAGGAUCAUCAGCAUCCGGUUCCCCCUGGAAGUUAUGCUCUGAAGCAUAUGCGAACGAAGUCCAAAGACAUCCCCUUGGACUUAGAGACAGAGGAGGCCGUCAAGACGUUUAAAGAUAAAGGCAUCAACUGUCCCUCUGUCCAACUGAGGACCGUAGACCAGACAAGUAGCGUAGGGACUCAGACUGACCAGCAGGUGCUAGACCAGUCUGGCCAAGGGGAAGAUCCGGACCCUCCGGGACAGGGUCAGUUUGGAGAGAGGUGCUCGACGAAGCCGGCAGACGAGGACUUGGAAAUUGUGAGCGACGACAUCAGCGAUAUUUUCCGGUUUCUCGACGACAUGAGCAUCAGCGGCUCGACGGGCCUGAUCCAGUCAUCCUGCUGCAACAGCACGGGGUCUCUGUCACAAGUAAACAAAUCAGAGUGCGACAGCUCCCCUGAACACAACCUAGCCAAGGGCAUUGCCGGAAGUUCUAGUCACAAGGCAGACAAGCUGGCCGGAAUGGAAAGCGGCCACACCGGAGAUGAACUGAAGGCCAGCGUCUGCAAACUCGUACUCAGGAUUGGCGAGAUAGAAAAGAAGCUCGAAUCGCUCUCUGGGGUUCGAGAAGAAAUAUCCCAGGUCUUAGGCAAAUUAAAUCGCCUGGAUCAAAAGAUUCAGCAGCCUGAGGAGGUCAGCGUUCAGAUCGAUCUGAAUUCCUUAACGAGUGAAGCACAGUCUGAGGACGGUCCUUCUCUGCAGAUGUUCCAGAAGCACCGAGACUCACCCAGUUCCCCUCUGGAGAACAAUCCCGACUGGUGUUGUUCCGAUGCCAGCGGGAGUAACACUGACAGCCUACGAGUUAAGGCUUUAAAAAAGAGUCUUUUUACUCGGAGGUCCUCCAGAUCGCUGACUGAGGAGAACAGCGCCACAGAGUCCAAGAUAGCAAGUAUUUCCAAUUCCCCCAGGGACUGGAGAACGGUCACGUACACCAACCAGGCCGGCCUUGGGGAAGGAGAGAUGAAAGAAAGAAGUGCCUGUGAAAAUAAAGACUGGCUCAGGAAAUCGAAAGAGGUAGACCAACAGUACGGAAUUCCUCAGCCGCACCGAAUAUCUAAGCAGUCAAAAGAAGGUUUCCUGAUUGAACAAGUCUUUAGUCCUCAACCUUACCCUGCGUCUCUCAAGUCACACCUGAAAAGCAACCCAGGGUACACGGACAUGCGACUGACUGACCUCGCUGAAGUGAAACGAGUACAGCCAUCCUGGACCCUGGAGGAAUACACGCGGAACUCGAGUGACAAGGGGAAGCUGAGUGCUUUGGAUCUGCAGACUCAAGAAUCCUUAAAUCCAAACAACCUAGAAUAUUGGAUGGAAGAUAUCUAUACCCCAGGCUAUGAUUCUUUAUUGAAGCGCAAAGAAGCCGAAUUCAGAAGAGCAAAGGUCUGCAAGAUUGCCGCACUGAUUUCGGCAGCCAUUUGUACAGUUAUUCUGGUCAUUGUCGUCCCCAUUUGUACCAUGAAAUCAUGAAUCCAGAAAGGAGUCGUGGAUGCAGCAGCAGAUGGCACGAUUCCAACU